AUGCUACGAUGUAGCCGCUACAUGGGCUUGAAUCUCAUACAUAAAGUGCGUUUUAGACCCCAAAGACGUAGUUUUGGAGGUAUAUAUCGACCGGUUCCCGAUGAUGUCGACGACCCUUGGGAACUGGAAGACCCAGUAUCUAGGCCGACUGCAGCGUACAUAGAAGCCCCAACGAUAGACAUUGGAACAACACUUGGGUCAUGCGCAACUAUUGAUGAUAUAGGUAUACUUUUUUCGGAAUACCGGCCAAGGCUGAAGCCCAGGGAAUUGAUAUUACUCCUGUCACGGAUCGUAGAUUUAACUUGCCGCCAUCGUGAGGACUGUGACGACAUAUCGUCCCAAUUAUGGCCGAGUAAUACAUUCUGUAUGGUACCAUUAUCUGGUUUGCAGGGGAAAGUAAACCUGAUGCGGUUACCACAGGUUGUUGCCAACGUAUAUACAGAUGUCAUUUCUAGGGUUGAUACCUAUGCACCUACAGAGUUACUAUACCUGCUAAGGAUAGGAAAGUAUAUACGUGGAUAUCACAAUAAGUUGUUGAGAGCUCAUACAGAACGUGUUAUCACGAAUAGCAUAUGGCGAUUGGAUCCAGUGGACAUAUGCCGUAGUGUCGCAGUUUUGGCUUCUAGUGACAAUGUGGAAUUUGCCAAACUAUUAGGGCACGUAACUCUGAAAAUUUUUGUGGAGAUGGACUCUAAAGAGAGAUUGUUUGUUUUCAAAUCCCUAGCGUCAGCAAGACAUGGCUCCACACUGUUUCUUCAAGGUUCCGUACGCCACGCCCUUAACACUGAUUUGUUUCUCGGAAACGAUGUCGUACAAGUACUACUCUGUUAUGCACGUAAACCAACUGCAUGCCCACCGUCGGUAUUUGAAAGUCUACUAAAGCGUUGUGUGGACCUUGAACUAUCCUCUCUAAAACCACUGGAGCUCUGCGACCUUAUAUGGGUUACGUGCAAGUAUUCCAACGCAAGCGUCGAUAUGUUUAGGCGCUGCGAACCGAUUAUUCUUCAACACUGUUACCAGUUGCCUGGAAGGAGUAUUGCAAUGCUCAUGUGGGCGUUGGCAGAGUCUGGUUUUGAAUCACCGGAGCUACUCGCUGCUCUGGAAUCUGCCGCAAUAAAUUCCGCAGAGUCAAUGUCACCUACUAAUGUAGCAGUAUGUGCACAUAGCCUGGCUAUACUCAAGGGGUUCGGUGACCGGAGCGAGUUCCAUAGUCACGUUGAAACUGAAGUUAUCAAUGCCAUCAGCCACUUUAACGGUUUGGACCUUGCAAUGCUAGCAGAGGGUUAUGCACGUUUGGGCCUGGGUUCUGCAACUCUACAUCAAUGUAUACAAGAAGCAGCGCUUAAAUAUGUCGAAGACUUGCCAGCAGAUUGCUUAUCGAAACUAUUAUGGGCAUACGGACACCUAGUUGGUCGUGAGUCCUUUUUCACAGGUUUGCAGUUGGCAUUAUUACAACGACUCAACCAAUUCACGCCACAUGAACUGUCUCGUGCUCUUUGGGCAUAUGCAGUACAACGGUUUUUCGAUGUAAAGUUUUGGUCAACCUGCCUCGCGAUGCUCGAUGUGGAUUACAUCCGGGGUAACAAUCGAUGCUCACUACUAUACCCAGCACUAUCUGAACUUACUACAGUGCGCAAGGAGAUGUUGACCAGCGAUGUACUGAGGCUACUAAACCUCACCAGAUCCGUGUUCACGGAAACGGAACUGGCCAACUAUUGUAACGAUACAGCACAACACAUAGUUACAGUGCUGAAAUCUAUGGAUAUAUCGGCACAAUUUGGCGUUGAUUUCAACGGGUUCAUAUUGGAUGUUACGUUCGAGCAUAAAGGGGUCAAACAUGCCGUGCUAGUAUAUACACGUAUAAAGGUUAUACACGUUUUAAGCGACCCUUUCAAUAAUAUGGAUGACACUGAACGUGUCGAGUUGCUAUCAAGACAGAUGUAG